AUGGCGCGAAGUUUCUCCUCAGGCAAGAAAAAAAAGAAGAUCAUUGGGGAGUUGCUAAACAUUGAAGAGAAAUAUUCAUUGAAGCUUUCAACUGAAGUGAAGGUUGUUAAUGACUCUGUCCAUGGUCACAUUGAGCUGCACCCCCUGCUGGUGAAGAUCAUUGACACGCCACAGUUUCAGAGACUGAGAAACAUUAAACAGCUGGGAGCAGGAUACUGGGUCUUCCCUGGGGCCUCACAUAACCGCUUUGAACACUCCAUUGGUGUGGCACAUUUAGCAGGAUGUCUGGUCAAGAGUCUGCAAGAGAAACAGCCGGAGCUCAACAUUACCAAUCGAGACAUUCUCUGUGUCAAAAUUGCUGGUCUGUGCCAUGAUUUAGGUCACGGUCCAUUUUCUCAUUUGUUUGAUAAGAUGUUCAUUCCUGCAGUCCAGUCUGAUGCCAAAUGGAAGCAUGAAGAAGCCUCAGUUAAAAUGUUUCACCACAUGGUAAAGGAGAAUAAUCUGGAACAGCUGAUGGAAUCAUAUGGACUGAAAAUGGAAACAGAUCGUACCUUUAUUGCUGAAUUAAUCAAAGGGGUGGAUACAGCAGAAAAAGAGGUACAAACUCCAUGGCCUGCGGAUCCUGGCAGGACGGAGGACAAGGCUUUCCUUUAUGAGAUUGUGGCAAAUAAACGGAACGGCAUUGAUGUUGACAAAUGGGACUAUUUUGCUCGAGACUGUCAUUACCUUGGCAUUUCAAAGAGCUUUGACCAUCAACGGCUGCUGAUGUUUGCUCGAGUGUGUGAAGUGGAAAUAAAGGAUGACUCCAGUAAUGCUGAAAAACCAAUGAGGCUAGCCAUCUGCUACAGGGACAAGGAGGAAAAUAAUAUUUAUGACAUGUUUCGCACCAGAUACACACUGCAUCGUCAGGCCUACCAGCACAAGACUGUCAAUAUUAUUGAAAUCAUGAUUAAAGAAGCCCUUGUGGAAGCUGAUAGCUAUUUCCAGAUCUCUAAAGCAAAAGACAACAUGGAAGAAUACACAAAACUCACAGAUCAUAUUCUUGAGAAAAUUGUGUACCCUGGUUUUGAUCACAAUAAGAUGAGUAAAACCGCUGCAGAGAAAGCUGCAGAAAAAAAACUUGAGGAUGCCAGAGAAAAGGUGAAUAAAAUUCUCAAAAGGGACCUGCCAAAGUUUCUGGGAGAGGCUAAACUGGGGACGAAAAACUUUUCAGAGUUUGUAGCUUAUACUGAAAUACAAAUCAUAAUACCAGAUACUACUGAUAUUAAGAUAAAGGAUCAGUGGACAACGGCAGUGCAGUCGAUAAACCUGGAGGUUACGGAUUUUGUGGUUGAUGAGGUUCACAUAGAUCACAGCAUGAAGGAUAAAAACCCCAUGAACAAUGUCUAUUUCUACAGCAAGCAUGAUUCCAACAAAGUCUUCCUGAGGACUGAUCAGAUGUUCCUGCCAAAGACAUUUUAUGAAAGGCUGUUUAGAGUGUACUAUAAAGGCCCAGAAGAAAAGGUGAAAGAAGCCCGUGAGUGCUUCAAGAUGUGGCACAAUGAUGCCUGA